AUGGCAACCACGUACGGUUCCGACGUCCCUAGUAUCAAGGUCGAAAAUCCUAUGAAUGGCCAGACGCCGCACAUCAAACCUGACCCUGAAACCAUAGGCGCUUCACCUGCUGCUCACACCGAUGAUGACCUGUACGAAGAUGCCGGGGAUCUCGACUUCGCGGGCGCAGGUCAGGACCUUUACCUUACAAGGGUCCCCAAAUUCCUCUGGGAGCGCUGGUCACAACUUGACGACAGCCAAGAAAUCACUAUAGGUAUGGUCAGAGUCGAAGGUGGGUUAGACAAAGUUAAGAAGAUGAGCAUUUUGUUGUCACCAGAUGUAGUACAGAAUCGAGAUCUACCAAGAGAAUACAAUAUGCAGAUCGUUGAGCAAGAUCCCAUGAAUACUUUCGUCUUCAGUGAGAAGGAUCUCCCGGGCUACAGAGCAUACUCGGCCGACAGAGCCCCGCCACGGUUCAAGGACCGUAGGAGGAUCGAGAAGACUCGAAAGUCAGAAUAUAAGUUCCGCAGAGCCAUCCCGAAACAGACAACGCUCGUGGGACAAGUUCGUACUGAGAUCAAUUGUCUGCCGGUUGAGAACAAAGACUACAUUGAAUACAUGAAGAGACGAGCCAAGGAAGAGUCACUGUCCAAGCCAAAGAUUCAUGUGCUGAACGCCAGCGUUGGUGGAAACACACUUCAACCCGGAAUAUUGGGAGCUACUGUGGACACCAGCGCUUUCAUUACAAAAGCUGGUCCGAGUCGUGGGAAGAAGCAGGCCAACAAAGCUGUCAGGGUUCCGGCGGACGUACUCUUGGACCAAAUCAUGAAAUGCUUCGAGAGAUUCGAUUUUUGGGCACUUAGGUCCUUGAAGGUUGAGCUAAACCAACCCGAAGCCUAUCUCAAAGAAGUUCUCGAAAGGGUGGCGACACUAACAAGAAGUGGCAUUUAUGUUGGCACAUAUCAGCUUCAAGCAUCGUAUAAGGACACGGCCAAGUACAACUUCAGCAACGUCAAAGCAGAGCAGGCGCCUGAGGUCGCUUCUGAUUUUGGAGGAACCGAUGACGAUGAUGAGAAUGUUAAGAUGGAGGAUGUGCUUCCUAAGUAG